UUUGCGGUCGGUCCGAGCGUCUUGUCGUGUCGGCACUCGCUGUACUUGGUGGAAUUUUGGCGGGCCGGUUAGCCGCUUGUUGUGGCUUCUCAAUUAUCUCUCAAGUUGAUAAAAUUUGCGAGGACUAAAUGAUGGCAGACAAGGAUGGUGAAGAAGUAUCUCAGCGUCGUUCUUUCUUUUCUGGUGCAGAAGGCUUUGAUGAUGCGGUGGAGGAACGAAUCAUUAAUGAGGAAUAUAAGAUCUGGAAGAAGAACACUCCAUUUCUAUAUGACCUAGUAAUGACGCAUGCCUUGGAAUGGCCAUCAUUGACGGCGCAAUGGCUGCCUGACGUUACCAGACCCGAAGGAAAGGACUAUUCAGUCCAUCGGCUAAUUCUGGGCACUCAUACGUCAGACGAGCAGAAUCACUUGCUCAUCGCAAGCGUUCAGUUGCCGAACGAAGACGCGCAAUUCGAUGCCUCCCACUAUGACAAUGAGAAGGGCGAAUUCGGCGGUUUUGGCUCUGUGAGCGGCAAGAUCGAGAUCGAGAUAAAGAUCAAUCACGAAGGCGAGGUGAACAGAGCGCGAUACAUGCCGCAGAACCCGUGCGUGAUCGCGACGAAGACGCCCUCCAGCGACGUGCUCGUGUUCGACUACACGAAGCAUCCCAGUAAACCGGAUCCCAACGGAGAGUGUCAUCCAGACUUGCGAUUACGAGGCCAUCAGAAGGAAGGAUACGGUCUUUCAUGGAAUCCCAAUUUGAACGGAUACCUGCUGAGUGCUUCAGACGACCAUACAAUUUGCCUAUGGGAUAUCAAUGCUACGCCAAAAGAGAAUCGCGUUAUCGACGCGAAAACCAUUUUCACGGGACACACGGCUGUAGUCGAGGACGUCGCCUGGCAUCUGCUGCAUGAGUCGCUCUUUGGUUCGGUCGCCGAUGAUCAGAAGCUUAUGAUCUGGGAUACAAGAUGUAACAACACCAGCAAGCCGAGUCACACCGUUGACGCUCAUACUGCGGAAGUAAACUGUCUGAGCUUCAACCCGUACUCCGAAUUUAUACUAGCUACCGGUAGCGCGGAUAAGACUGUCGCGCUUUGGGAUUUGAGAAAUCUCAAAUUGAAGUUGCACUCAUUUGAAUCACACAAAGACGAGAUCUUCCAAGUGCAGUGGUCCCCGCACAAUGAGACCAUAUUAGCAAGCAGUGGUACCGAUAGACGGUUGCACGUUUGGGACUUGAGCAAAAUCGGGGAAGAGCAGUCUAGUGAGGAUGCUGAGGACGGACCACCUGAAUUGCUGUUCAUACACGGAGGCCAUACCGCUAAGAUCAGUGAUUUCUCAUGGAACCCGAAUGAACCGUGGGUGAUCUGCUCAGUGUCGGAGGAUAAUAUAAUGCAGGUAUGGCAGAUGGCAGAAAAUAUUUACAACGACGAAGAGCCCGAGACACCAGGAAGUGAGAUUGAAACUGGUGGCUCAUAACGCGGGAUGAUUCAUUAUCCCUACGAAUAAUGUGUCGCUUCCAUCAAUUCCGGAUACUCACGCGUAUCCGCAACCGCGUCAUGUUAAACGAUACUGCGGCAGGUUUGCUUUACGUUGGCAAAUGUGGACUUGGGAAGCGACAAAUUUGAAUUUCAGUUGACUUGUGUGAAAAACAAUGUAAUUUAAAAAAAAAGGAAUCCGCAUCAUCAUAUUUUCGGAAGCUCUCGCAUUUUAGACGCGUAUAUACAUAUAUACGUACAUGUAUCAUUUUAUCUAAUUGAACUUCUGUAACUUCUGUGAAUUUACGGAGAGAGGAAACGAUGACGAUGGGAGGAGUCUUCACGAAUAGUUUCGAGUAUUUUAAACCAAGUAUGAAUGGUAUUCAUCAAUGAUGUAUCUCGACUACUCGUUAAAUCAGUUGACACGACUGUUAGAAGCGGAGGGUACACAACAAGGUAAUUAGUUACACAUUUCUUAUACGUCAGUAUGUUUUCCGUAUUAAAAAAAAAUAUCUCUGACACAGUGGAAGCUCAACUAAAAUUAGGGAAUGCCAAGUACUUUUUCUACUUCAUUUUAAAUGUGAAUAAUAAAGAAAUAAUGUAAACUUGUGCACAAUG